AUGGAAGUACUUUUCACGUUGUUGUUUUUACUCGGUCUAAGUACCGUUCAAAGUGCCCGAAUUUUGAUAGUUUUUCCUUUACCCGAACGCAGCCACUACAUCCUUGCAAGCUCCCUAGCAAAAGCUUUAGCAGAGAAAGGACAUGACAUAACCAUGGUAAGCCCUUUCGUGGAAGCAAACCCACCCACAAGCUCGUAUAGAGAAGUACAACUCACUGGAGCUUUCGAAGACAUACAAGAAAAACAGAGCAAAAACGAACUCAACUUUUUUACUAUCGAGGGACCAAACCCUUUUCUGAAUGCCGUUCGUCUAGCUAUGACAUCCGACGAAGUCGAAUCCGUCUUCAAACACCCAAAUUUUCAAAAAUUGAUCAAGUCGAAGGAAACUUUUGAUGUUGUAAUAGUGGAACAGUUUCUGAAUGAUGCAUUACAUGCUCUAGCCACACAUUUUAAGGCACCUUUAAUCAUAUUUAGUUCUCUUGGAGCGAAUUUCUGGGUUAAUACGUUAACGGGAAACCCGGCUCCGACAGCAUAUGUACCUGACACUCUUUUGAAAUUUUCGGAAAAAAUGACGUUCGUUGAAAGAUUGGUGAACACGUGUACGUAUAUUUUGAACGAAUUGGUGUACAAGUUGUACGUUUAUCCCAGACAAAGCGACAUAGUAAAAAAAUAUUUACCAGGUGGUCCACACAUCGACGAUGUUAUCUACAACGCGUCUAUAAUUUUUUUAAAUUCGCACCCUAGUACCAGUCAGGCGGUACCGCACGUACCUAAUAUGAUUGAAAUAGGCGGGAUUCACGUCCAAACACCAAAAGCACUCCCGCAACAUCUGCAAACUAUUUUGGACGACGCCAAAAAAGGGGUUAUUUAUUUCAGUAUGGGUUCCAACGCCAAAAGCUCGCAGUUUCCUAAAGAGAAACUUGAAGCUUUUUUGAAAGCGUUUUCGAAAUUGGAAGAAACGGUUUUAUGGAAGUGGGAAGACGAUAUACUUCCGGAGUUGCCGACAAAUGUAAAAACUGGAAAGUGGUUGCCACAACAAGAUAUCCUAGCACACCCCAAUGUCAAAUUAUUUAUAACACAUGGUGGUCUUCUAAGCACGACGGAAGCUGUUUAUCAUGGUGUUCCGGUCUUAGCGAUUCCGAUUUUUGGGGAUCAAACCAUAAACGCCAAAUUGGCUGAAAAUAAUGUUUAUGGACUCGUGUUACCGUAUGAGGAAAUUUCGGAACAGUCUUUACAGAAUAAGAUUCAAGAAAUUUUGAAAAAUCCGAGAUAUAAAACUAACGCUAAACGAAGAUCGAAGAUAUUUCAUGAUCGUCAUGUUGGUCCGAAGGAAACAGCUAUAUAUUGGGUGGAAUACGUCAUCAGGCAUAAAGGGGCGCCUCAUUUAAGAGUGGCAGGGGUGGAUAUGCCUUGGUACCAAUAUUUUUUGCUCGAUAUUGUAAUUUUCAUGUUGGUGUCAAUCACGAUAACGAUUUUAAUAAUAAGGAAACUUUUUUGUAGACUAGUUUUAAAAAGUAAGCCACAGAAAAUAAAGACGAAUUAAUUAAUU